AUCAUUUUUUUAUGGCACUAUGUAGAGAAACCAGGGAAAGCAUCCAUCAAAUCAUCAGAAUCAGUAAUUCAAGCAACUUUUAUAACAAUAAGAUGGACUGCACCAGCUGAUGAUGGAGGAAGUCCGAUUACAGGAUACCGAAUGAUCUUACAAAAGGGUGAAACUGAGAUAGAAAAGGAUGAUAUCACCGAUCCAGGGACGACAAGUUACUCGUUUCGUGGUUUGGAGAAAAAUACCAACUACACGGUGAAACUGUUUUCCAGAAAUUUUGUAUUCGAGGGAGACCCUAUUGUAAGGACAAUUAAGACCAAGUUUGAAGGUGAGGAAUCACAAGUGAUUUCGUUACUGAGCACUUUACACCAAUCAUUUUGCUGCAAACUUAGAUUUGUCCCAGUUUAACAAUUUUCUCUGCUUGCCGCAUGAUAAGAUUUUUUAUUUUAAGUGUCUGUCUCCUCCUUAGCGAGUUUACUUACGUUUUAAUAAGCAUAAUAAUAAACAAACCAUAGGUAAACAUGAGUGAGAACAGUAGACAACCUACGCGGGUACAUUCUGUAAAUGCUACCUGUUUUAUCAAGUAUUGUUUGCCUUUUAUCAUGCCAUGUUACGGCUGAGCAGUCGUAACAUGGCUGCGAAGUUCCUCGCACCUGUUAUCGCUUUAGCUCUUCUUGUCAUCGCCUCUUCAGUUGGCAAACUCCCUGGAGAAAAAAGCUUGUUGUCUCAACGGAAAAUCCCGUGUCAGCUUAUGUUUGGAGAAAAAAGAGCCGUAACCCUAGACAAUCAGAUGGCUCGGGAAGCGGAGCAUGUGCACUCAGUUUUACGCUGUGUCAUUGCCGAGUGCCUCUACUAAGUCAUGCGCAAUGUCAAACUUUCAAAAGCAGAAAAUAGGUGUACGUAAAUUGAGUUCCUUCCUGUAAUUACGUGCCACAAAUGAAUGGCGAAUUGUCCUUUCAAGCUAUUUUGAAUUCAUCUCAGUACUUAACAUAAUUUCGCUUGAUAUACGCUUUUGUUUUAAAAAUAUCCCAAAGUAAUCCUCGAACAAUUUACAGAUUAUUUAAUCACUGAUAAUGGUUGUGACCAGGUUUGUAACAAGGAGUUGUAUAAUUAUUAGAAAUUCCACGCUGUUCGUGUUGUUGAAAUCAAUCUAGGAGUCCCAGAUGUGGUCGAAAUAGACGAACUACCAGGUGAAACAACAGACGAUACAAUUACCCUAAAGUGGAAGGAGCCAGAAAGUAAUGGAAAAGUUAUUACCAUGUAUACAGUGUACCAAAGAGUAGUGAUUGAUGGGAAAGUGGGACAGUGGACAGAAAUAAAGAAAAUCAGAGAUGUUUCUGUGAGAGAAUUGAAAAUAGUGUUGGAGAGAGGAAAGGUGUAUCAGUUUGCCAUUACUGCAACUAAUGAGCUUGGUGAAAGCCUGAAACAAGAGAAAGCAAAUAUUCAGCAAGUCAAGGCAGAAGGAAGUAUGUUUAAAUGAAUCUUGUUUUCCCCUUUCAAAGGUUUAUCCUUUUCUUUUCCUAGUUUUCAUGCCCUCUCUGUCUCAUCAAUAUCGAGGUUUUUACGGGUGAAUUCUUCGCUUACAUAAACCUGAAUCAAUGUAAAAAGUUCACUUAAGUCGUGGUUGAUAUUUGUGCGCCAACCAGAGGCCUAUUAGCUGAUGUACGAGAAGUUGUUUUUCAGGGUGUUUUAUUACUACAUUUCAGUUAACAAGUUAAUUAAGUGAUAAUAAUUAAACGGCAGCAGUUACACUCACAGCCGAUGGCUAUAUGAAUGAUAUCAAAUUCAGAAAUUACAGUCCUAUACGGGAAUUAUUUAUAAUGACAGGGAAGCGACCCUUGACAUGCAAACGCAUUACAAAGAGACAAAGCCAUCCAUCUGGCGUAAAUAGGGGGGCUGGAUUCUGGGGUCGCUACGUUGAUCACUGUAUCAACACUACUUUUUCCAUCAGAGAGGAACUCUAUUGUUUUUAACCACUGUCAGUUACUUUCACUGAGCUCUAAAAUAGAGUUUUUUUAUCCCCACAGACGGCUUGGAAAGUACGACAAAAGGUAAGAAUAACAAAGAAAUUGUUAAAUAUAUUAAAGUUCACAAAGCAACCAGGCGCAUAAUCAGACACGGUUUAGUGCUACUCUGGUUUUUAAAGAUUUAAUGAAUGAAGUUACAACCAGUAAUACUCCUGAUGAGAAGGAACCAGCGACUUACUUUGCUGUUAUUCCUCACAUUCAGGGUGUUACGGAACCCAUCAAGAGAAUUUUGAAUGGCCCAAACGUUUAUGGUUAUCAAAAACCUUUUCAGACCUAAGGGCAUAUUUUUGCCAAACCUAAGGAUCCAAUCACAAAUGAACAACUAACAGACGCUUUUUAUUCUAUUCCGUGCAAUGGCUGUGAUCAUGAGUAUAUGGGACUGACCAAACGUCACUUUGGUAUACGUUUGAAAGAGGAUCAAAAACUGGUCUCCUUUUGUGAGAAAGAAAAUUCAGCUUUGUCGGAGCACACAUGCCUUACUAACCAUACAACUGGGUGGGAUAAUUUCAAAAUUAUCACCACUUAUCGAUGUUACCACCAGCGUUCUUGUUUGGAAGCCUGGCAUAUCAACUCUUCCCACGCUCCUUGUGAUGGUGGCGGCUUACUGCCUGACACAUAUUUACACCUCGCCAGAAAAAAGGGCAGCCAAUUAGUGAGCAUGUAAAAGGACCUCUUUGUGCAACGAGUAGAUCACCCAUGAUGAAGGCGGUGAGACAGGAGUGUUGACAACGUUGGGUCUAUGAACUGUAACUUCUCGGUUACUUUCAGUCCACUUUACAGUUGCAUGCUUGGUUGCCAAGCCUUUGAACAGGAUUGAGGCUGAAGGUGACCUUCUUAUGAUACAAACCUUGCAGCUUUUCAAGUGUAAAUGACUUUGUUAUCAUGCUAACUAGAUACUGGUCUCUAUCAUUACAUGGUCAACUUCAGCCUCACUCCAAAUCAAAGGCUUGGCAACCAAGUACACAACUGUAAAAUGGCCUGUUCAUUAAAUCUUUUAACCAGAGUAGCAUCAAAACAUGUCAAAGUGUUAAACUUUUACACGUAUUCUUCCGAAAACGGCCUUUUUCUAAUUGUAUUCUGUAUCUGUGCAAUUAAACAACUCAUUUCUGUGAGUGAUGUAUUUCUACGGUUUUGUUUUUGUCGUUGUUGUUUCUAGUCAAUUGAACAAAAUAUUACUUUUAGAAAUUAUUAUAGAAAGAUUAGCACCUUACUUUUCUUUAGUACCUCGCCAAUGAGAGUUAGACUUUUGGUCAUUAGCCUAAGCUAUGUAGUGAGAGCAGUUUAUCGACCAGGAUCAGUGCAAAUGUUGUUUGAACGUUACUUGAUCAAGCUUUGUAAAAUUAAUCAUUUUAGGUCUUGAGGAAUGUAACUGCCCAUCUAACAACGUCUUGUUAGCCACAAUUGGGGUUCUUGCCUUCACAAUCCUUCUUCUAAUUGUUUACAUAAUCUGGCUACACAGGAAAGGUAAGUAAAAAAAAUCAUAAUCUGUGUUAGAGGGUUUGGCUGAAAGAUUCAUUUUUAUACAAAAGCAAACUUUGACCCACGUCCACAUCAUUUGUCUUUUUUUCCUUUCGUUCUUUUUCAGUCGCUGUAGGGAAACAGAGGUACGAAUUUGCUGCCACUUGGAUUGUGUCGAUGUAAUGUGCCAGAUAUGGUUUCAUCUUGACACAAAAUUCCACUUAAAGCUGAUGAAAUUCUCAGCUUUUUUUAAAUAUUCGUAUUCUUUAUCAAUUGUAGGACUUAUGAAGAUGAAAGAGGUGUUUACGACGUAAGUAACAGCUAAGACAUUGAGGUCAUGUUAGUGUGGCCAGAAAUUAUGUGAUUUCAUAUUACCUCUACUUUCUACAAGAUAAUAAACGCUUGCAACAAUAAGAAGGAAAAAACGUGUAGGUCUACGAAAAAAAAGCAUAUUGCGUCAGUGGAGGAUACAAUGAAAUAGGGGAGGAAGUUAGAUUCGAUAAGGUCUUUGUCCUGUGUUCAUGUCCUUUAACAAGGUACUCCAAGGAUUUUCCUUGGGUUUUCCCUGGUUCAAGUGCGUGGCUUCACUUCAUAGAUCGAUAACUGGUCUGCACCCGGUUGAUAUUUGCUUUUUAAAUAAUUGUUUUUUCGAAUUUUUGGUCGUCUUAUUUUCUGGAUACCUUUUUUUUACCAAACGUAAUUCUAAGAGCUGAGUACAACAGGAGUUUUUUUUUGUGCGUGUAUUUGUGAAAAAGUUUCACUACCAAUCGACAAUCUUCAUGUUGCAGUUUCUAGCUUCGGCAAAUAUGCUAUGAACCUCAAUCACUUCAUUGGAUAUGAUGGUUUCAAAAGCAGAGGACAAAUUGUUAGUAAUAAUAAGGAUAAUAGAGAUUAUAAACUAUUUGUAAUAUUUUGCUGUGCAAGAAUAUGAAGGUUUCUAUGAUUAAAUUGGGUAAACUGAGUUUUAUAACUAUGUGAAACUUUUUUCUGGGAUUAAUUACAGAUUUGUAUGUGAAUACCUUAACGGCAUGUUGGUUUAAUAGAAUGAAACAGGAUUAGAAGAUAUCGAACCAAGUCUACCCGAUUCAAGAAAACUCACUCAGCCUCCUGCGGAAUACAUGGAUCUCAUAGAAGUCAACAAAGAUAAUAGAAAAGCACAAAGAACAGCUCCAGGUGCUGAUUAUAUGCCUCUUCAUCCGUUAACACGCUGCUGGGAAGUUCCAAGACAUCACGUGACCAUAGAAAAAAUCAUUGGUAAAGGUGCUUUUGGUCAGGUUGCCAAGGGAACAGCGGUAGGACUUAGAGGGAGUCCUGAAACGACCACAGUGGCUAUUAAAAUGCUGAAAAGUGAGCUUUUGUACCGUAAAUUGAAUGACAGUCUUGGCCUUCAGUAAUUCAGGAAAUUUUACCGAGUUACCGUAUUUUUAGCUAUUUACCAUUUCAUGAUUAUAACGUAUGUUAUUGUUUCGGCAUUUCGCAUUACCUUCCCUCUAACCAAAUUUUACUCCUUGUUUAUUACGCUCUAGCAAACGCUGUUGAAUCAGACAAAGAGAUUUGAUGAAAGAACUUGACACAAUGAAGCAGCUGAAACCACAUCCUUACGUCAUUAAACUUCUGGGAUGUGUUACAAGAUCUGGUAUGCUUUGGUUAUGCGGGUCUAAUUUUUUUUGUGCACAUUUUGCUUAUGAUUUACUCUGUGACGUUUUCUCGUCAUUAAUAAUUUGCUCAAUGGAAGAGUCACUGCUUCACAAUGAAGCACAAAAAAAACCAUCGCAUGAGGUAAUUUUAUCUUUUUUUAACCGACAUAGACGCUCCUGGAUUUACUGAUGGACUAAGACCAAAUAUUUGCCUCUGAACAGACCAUUCUGUUCUGUAAGCGGAAACGCGUUUUGGAAGAGAAUAUUUGGUCUUUACCCUCUUUUUUCUCCUUCUUUUCGUUAAACUACAUCUUAUUUUCGUGCGAUUUCUUCAAAAGUAUUGACCACGACUGGGCUAUUCAUUUAUUGUAUUUAUUGCUAAUUUUUUUUUAGAGGGUAAUAUAUCAUUUAAAGCGCUGAUUUUUUUUCCAGAACAGCUUUUGGUUUUGACUGAAUAUGUGCCUUUUGGGGAUCUGCUGGGUUACCUGAGGAAGAGCCGUGGAUUAAAUGACACUUACUACAAAGACCCGGAUAUCAAACCACAAACAAAUCUGACGUCACAGCAGCUGAUGAAGUUUGCUUGGCAAAUUGCAGAUGGAAUGAGUUACUUGUCCUCAAAAUCUGUAAGUUAAUUGAGAAAAAAAACACAAAUGACAAACAAUUCUAAAGCCUUCUUGUAAGUUGUAUCGUCAUAUUAAGCUUUGUCUUGCAUAGAAUGUUAUGUCUCACAAGAUCACGCCCGGGAGAUGCAAACGUACUCUUACCGUGUUGUUGACGCUAUUUUUUUUUAGAGCCAGGAACUCUCACAAUUUUGAAGUCAUCGUCUAAGUUUUAUUUCAAUGUGCGAAUGGCGAUAUUUGUGCAUCGUUGCAAAUGCGCCCCAUUGAAAUAAAGUACCUGUGUUUUUCUCGUGUAUGCAGAGGCAGAGAUGUGAAUGGAUAGGAUCUUUUAAGAUAUUCAGCCCAAACUAAGUGUUCAACAAAUAUCCAUUUUAGUGACAAGAAAGAGAAGGAAUUAAAACUUGAAAUUCAAAAAAUUCGUCUUUGGUCACUAAACUGCCACAUUAUAGAAUCCUAUUUAGAUUAAAAACUUAAGAUAGGCGUUCUAUGAAAUAACUACGUAUUGCACAAAUAAAGUAGUUUGCCUCUCUUUGGAAUAUGAGGCAGUAAUUAUAGUGAAUUUAAUUCUCUGCCCUCUGGAAGAAAGAGAAAUACGCACACCAUAUUAUGUUGCUAGACGUUUCUAUUUUCCUACCUGAACCAUUUCAUAUCAGUUAUUUUUCUUCUGCAAUCGCUAAUUUUUGCUGUUGCACCAAUUCUUUCUUAGAUCAUUCACCGAGACCUUGCGGCCCGUAAUGUGUUGGUUGGACAAAAGGAAACUUGUAAAGUGACCGACUUCGGAAUGGCCAGAGAUGUGCAGCAGGAAAAUAUUUAUGAACGAAAGACUAAGGUAAUUAAGAAAGAGGGGAGGGAGGUGGGGAUGGUACUACAUGUCGUUCAGUUUAGUGAUCUUUCAGGAUCAUUGUUGUGGUAAAGCUGAUAUAUUCCUGAUUUUGAUCAUGAAUUCCUUGGAAGGGAACCGAAUGAAAAAAUUAGCAAUGCGUAUACGUGUACAACUUUACAUAUCACUGUCUUUGACUAGUCGCUUCCUAUGAUUUUUGAGCUGUUUCACAAAGUGAUAUUUAAAAUCUUUAGGGCCGUCUUCCCGUGAAGUGGACAGCUUAUGAGGCCUUGUUGUAUGGUAAAUAUACCACCAAAAGUGACGUGUAAGUAUACCCGAUUAUUACCCCUAGCAAUUUUCCAACAAGUUUUAUCAGUUUUAAUCAGGACAUGAAUUCUGUGCUUUGUCAAAGGAUACACAUAUUUUAGUUGUCGCAUAUAAUGUUAAUGUCUUCAGUCACCUAAUUUAUAUUUAUUUGAUUUGUAAUUCCACAGAUGGAGUUAUGGAGUCUUGCUGUACGAGAUUUUCACCAUAGGUAUUAUCGAAUAGAAGUUUAUGACGAUAUGUUUGGUUUCCUUUUUUUUUCUUUUUUUGCUGCGUAUUUACAAGGUAUCGCGUUCAGUUAGACAAACGUAAAGAGCUUCCCCAUGCAACCUCAAACUCCAUCAAGUGACACUGGUCGUGUUUCAGUGACGGUCUGUUUUUCGUUACAUUUAUAUUUCGGUGGUCUUAUGGUUCUUCCAGGCGGCUCACCAUACCCACGAAUGGAUGGAAGAAAAAUUGCAAACUUACUUCAGGAUGGAUACAGGAUGCCUAAACCACAACACGUCGAUGAAAAAUUGUAAGUUUUCUUUGUUCACUCGUUCUCCCUCAUCGUAUGAGGAAACAUUCUUUAAAUCUUUAACAGAUCAUUUGAACAUUACCAGGUAUCAGAUCAUGAUGAAAUGCUGGAAGAAUGACCCAGAUACAAGACCAACUUUCACUGAAUUGAAAAAUCAGCUCAAGGAAAUGGAAACCCUACACAAGGUGAGAAUUUUGAUCAACAUGAAA